CACAAGGUUUCAUUAACCGCGGUUGAAUUGCAAGCCGUCGAAUCACUGUCUGUAGGCAGUUUUAAGUGGAUGUUGGAUUUGUCGUAAAGGUCUCAAAAGUUAAUAUAGGCUGUUUAGCUACCUGUGCUUACGACUUAGGGUUGGUUUUUUCAUUUGAUGGUGCGAAUAACAUCUUUGAGACUUCUUCAUGUCCAGUCGCUUCUUUGCACGUUUUGUAUUUCAUCCUUUAUUUUCGGAUUGUUCGUCCCUUUGGAGGCUUUUCACUUUCCACUUAGUGACGGAUGAGAUUUGUGUCUUCAUUUUUACAAUCCUUGCCAUUUUUAUCUAUACAAAGCUUGUAUUUCAUGUAUGGAGCAAAAUUGAAAUACUAUUCUACUAUUGGCUUGUGAAUACAAGCGCCGGAAUGUUUGCGGUUUUCCCAGCGAUUUUUCUUGAUAACAAAUCAUUCAAACGGAUCAAUGGGAAUUCUGCAUUUUUGUCUUCUGUACUCGUAGUUCUAAACCAAUUAAGUACAGAUCAAUCACUUGUAAAUAUCAGGGGUUUCGAAUUUAAAUUUCAGUAUGGUCUUCCGGCUAUGUCGAUCACAUUUUUGUGUUUGUUGGUAGUAGGGUUUAUCAGGCUCUCUUCUGUUAUCCUGUUUUGUUAUGGAAUUCUGUGUAGUUGGUGCUACCUUCGCUUUCUACAACGUCAUCCUCAAGGAAGGAGAGGUGAUUAUCGUCCAUCAUUCGCAUUCGCCAGGUUUGCAUAAAUUUUCAUUCUAUAUUAUUUGCAAUAUUUUUAAUUGGUUGUCCUGUGAAAUUAGUAUAUCACUACACCCGCAUAUAUUCCUGCCGGGUUUGUGCAUCCAUCAUUAUACGGCUUGCCGAACUUGUUAGUGUUAAUCUUUCCAUGUAUGUGUAGGUUGGAACUUUCUUUUCAUCUGCCGAGUCUGACAUUCAGAAUGAUUUGUCAUUUUCUAAUUUAAUAUGUUUACCUGACCCAUAAUUGGUUUACACUUGUCCCCAUAGUCUUAUUUAGGCGAUAUCUUCUAUUUUAAUCAUUUAGUAUUCGAACACAUUUCAGAAGUCCUCAUCACAAGGUACGCAUCAUUAUUUUUAUUCAUAUUCAUAUUCUGGUACUUAAGGACACUCAAAUGAAAUACACCACACAAAUGAUAUUGUAAAGAAGUAAAUGAAGGUAGGGUAGUACAAUCAGUAAAUAAGUAAACAAUAAUAGUAUCCACUCAGCCGUAAAAAUCAUUUAGGAUCCAGCCAAAAAUAGUUGCAGUCCAUAAUGGUGAUAUCACUAAUAAAAAAAAACAACUAAUAAUAACAACAACUAAUAAAAAAAACAAAGCAUAUUUAAUAACGUCUCAAUUUAUCAAGCUUUUUUAAUACUUUUUCCCGAACCAAUAAGCAAAAUAGUUUCAAUUCCUUCCAACGUUUUCUAUCAACUUCUACUUCGAACCAAAUUUUGUCCUGGACUAAAAAGAGAAAGUGAAGUUAUUAUAGAACCUUCACCGACCUUCGGGUCACAUGGAAUGAUAUCUUCUGAUCCAGAACGGCAUCGGCUACUGUAUUAAUAACACCGAUGUUUUUAUCUACUGACGAUUCUAGUUCAUUUCUAUGAAGUGUUUAUGUGACAAUGCACAUUAUGUUUCUCACAUUGACUUAUGUGUAAACAGCGAAGAAUAAUAAACUUUUUAACACUGGAACUAGUUUGCUUUCCUUGGAGUUGCGUAGUCUAAUCUGGAUGGUUUUAUCUCAGAUUUUUUUAUUGUUUAUCCACGCCAGCUUUUCAGACAAAAAGUGUCUAUUCAAACUACUAACUCUAAAAACUCAUGUAUGUCUAUGUUCUAGGACCUGACGUAGAGUGAAUAUCUGGUCUAUACAACCACGUCCAGAUCGAAAACCAGCCUGGUUUUCUCUAGUCUGCUCUUCACGAGCUUUGGUUAGGCGUCUAAUUAUUAUUGAAGCUAAUAUUUUAGACACUAUAUUAGUCAAACUCAUCACUCUGUGAUUGUCACAGGAGGACUUUUGUCCUUUCUUAUAGACUGGCACAAUCAGUUAUUGGGAACAGUCAGAUAGAAUUACGUUUAGUUCCCAGAUUCUACCUAAGACCUCAAUCAGUCUCGCUGCGAAUACUGGGCCGCCAUCCUUAAAAAUCUCGGGGGUAAACCUGUCAGGGCCUGCU